GAAGCCAUCCAGAAUUCCCGAGACGAAUAAAGGCUGAGGCGCUUGGAAAGCCCUUCUACAGUUUGCAUCAUUUUUUCUAGUGUUGCUGAUCACCGGCCUUCAUUUUUCUCUGCCGGGCAGAGUUGCUGGACCUAUUUCCUCCGCUGGUGAACCUUUAAUCUUUUCGGAUUGGAAACGUUGCCCUCAAUAUCAACAACGCUCAGCCUUGAGCUUAAGCAAACACACAACAAAAAAAGAGACAAGAGACUCGGGUCAGUCUUGUCCGCUUCAGACCAGGUGGCCGAGAGCAGACAGGCAGCAAACGGGUUUCCGCAGAGCAAGCCCGGAAUCAAUGGACAGUUUGGAGGGUUCGCGGUUGUCAAUGAUGAAGGAAGUGUUUGACAGCUUGCAACUGCAAGAAACGGGCAGAGUGGAAGCUUGCAACUGACCAGAAAUGAAGUUUGAAUGUGGAGCAGAUCCUCUCAGAAUUCCGGCUACAGGAACAGGAUCUGAAGAAGGUGAUGCAUCGGAUGCAGAAGGAGAUGGACCGGGGCCUGAAGCUGGAGACACAUGAGGAAGCCUCUGUGAAGAUGCUGCCCACUUAUGUACGCUCUACCCCUGAGGGAUCAGAGGUGGGAGAUUUUCUGUCUUUGGAUCUCGGGGGCACCAAUUUCCGAGUCAUGCUGGUGAAAGUGGGUGAAGGUGAAGAAAAACAAUGGAAUGUGAAGACGAAGCACCAGAUGUAUUCCAUACCGGAGGAUGCCAUGACAGGAACAGCUGAAAUGCUCUUUGAUUACAUCUCAGAAUGCAUCUCCGACUUCCUAGACAAACAUCAGAUGAAACACAAAAAACUACCUCUGGGCUUCACGUUUUCCUUCCCUGUUCGACACGAAGACCUCGACAAGGGGAUCUUAUUGAACUGGACUAAAGGCUUCAAAGCGUCAGGAGCUGAAGGGAACAACGUAGUUGGGCUUCUGAGAGAUGCUAUCAAACGGCGAGGGGACUUUGAGAUGGACGUAGUCGCAAUGGUCAAUGACACAGUGGCAACGAUGAUAUCCUGCUACUAUGAGGAUCACCAGUGUGAAGUUGGCAUGAUAGUGGGCACAGGUUGCAACGCUUGCUACAUGGAAGAGAUGCAAAAUGUAGAGCUUGUGGAAGGGGAUGUAGGUCGGAUGUGUGUAAAUACCGAAUGGGGAGCCUUUGGAGCAUCAGGGGAGCUGGACGAGUUCCUCUUGGAGUAUGAUCGUGUGGUGGAUGAGACCUCACUUAACCCCGGUCAGCAGCUGUAUGAGAAGAUCAUAGGAGGAAAGUAUAUGGGAGAGAUCGUACGGCUAGUGCUGCUAAAACUUGUCAAUGAAAACUUGCUCUUCAAUGGAGAAGCAACAGAGAAGCUAAAAACCAGAGGAUCUUUUGAAACUCGCUUUAUCUCACAAAUUGAAAGUGAUCCCGGUGACCGCAAGCAGAUUUACAACAUCUUGACAUCCUUUGGGCUGUUGCCCUCUGUAACAGACUGUGACAUUGUCCGUAUGGCGUGCGAGAGCGUCUCUACGAGGGCUGCACAGAUGUGCUCAGCCGGGCUGGCUGGUGUCAUUAAUCGCAUGAGAGACAGCAGGUGCGAGGACACGUUGAAGAUCACAGUGGGCGUCGAUGGCUCUGUCUACAAGCUCCACCCCAGCUUCAAAGAUCGGUUCCACGCGGCAGUCAGGCAACUUACACCGGACUGCGACAUCACCUUCCUGCAGUCGGAGGAAGGCAGUGGCAGGGGAGCGGCUCUCAUCUCGGCAGUCGCGUGCAAGAUGGCGUGCAUGAUUGGCCAAUGAAAUGCCACUGCGAAAGGACCGUGAAAGGGAUGCCACCGGCCUGGGAAGUGCCCCCUCUACCCACUGCCAGGCUGAGGUGUUUCAGGGUAGGCCAAGGAAGCAGAACCAGA